AUGCAGAUUUCAUUCUACGUACACCUCCUGGCAGCUUCCAUCAUCGGUGGAGCUGCUGCACAUGAUGAUGAUGCUCCUUACACAUCUUUAGGUGCAUUCGUAGACAGGCCAUCACACACAGGAAAACGUAAAGUGACAGUUGUUGUCACGUCUCACAUCAUCGAUGCUUGUGUCACCCCUUGUACGAAAGUCUUCGCAGAUGGACCUACCUUCACACCCACCCAUACACCUCAUGUCACCAUUCCAACCAGCUUCUAUUCCAACAGUGGCAGACACAACACCGUCAGCGCUACCUUUUCAGGCUCUUCAACCGCCAAAGCAGUCCCCACAAAAAUCGCUGCUCGCGCACAGAACGAGACGAAGAUAAUCGAACAAACUGACAAACCACACCAACUUUCAUCGCUAUUUAAACCUAGUGCAGGUGUCAUCGCUGGGAUUGUGGUUGCUUGCUGCGCUGGGGCCGUGGCGUUAUUCGCUAUGAUCACGAUUAUUAUCAAUUUCUGGAUGGGUUCUAACAAGCGGAAGUGGGAUCUCGAGGAAGGUAAGCGGAGGAGAAAUGAGACUGAGCAACGGGUGGGUAAGGCUGUAAAUGGCCCGAAUGUUCUUCGUAAACCUAAUCCUUAUGCCUAG